UUAGCUUGUUAUUUUUGAUUCAAAGUAAAAAACAAUUUAAAUCUGACAUCCAUAUACUGACUGUGAUUAUUUAGUUGUGGUCAAAUAACAAUUAAAGAACACAAUAAAAAAAAAACAAAAAGUGAAUAAGUUAUUUCAUUUUAAUUUUAAAGAUUGUGAAAAGUGUGAAGAUAUUUUAAAAAUGAUUAUCAAUAAAUCACCUUUGGUAUUGAGAGAAAUUUUAGUAUUGAUUGUAUUAUUUGGCUAUUCUGUGAAUGGAAAUGAAAAACUUGCUACGCAAUGCGCUAAUCAAGGCGAACCGUGUGACGAACAUCAACAAGAUCCAUGCUGUGAUAAUAAUUUUGUAUGCAAAAGAGCAUAUGGAAUCGGUCAAUCAAAAUGUACAAAAAAAGCAAAAUUGGACGAUUCUUGUCGAAUAAAUGAAGAUUGUAGUGACAUAUUGCAUUCUAAAUGUUCCACAGCGAACAAAUGUGUUUGUAGACCAAACAAUAUUCCAGUGAAUAAUACAAACUGUGCACCAUUAUUAAAUGAGUUUUGUUGGAAAAACGAAAAGUGUGCGCCUGCUAACUCUAUAUGUCUUGAUAAUGAAUGUAAAUGUAGAAAUGGUUAUUUACCCAAAUCUAAUAACCAAUGCAUUCCAAAGGUAUUAGGAGCAUUCUGCAAAAAUGAUACUACUUGCGCACAAAUAAAGUUUGCGAAAUGUUCGUCACAAAAUAUAUGUGUCUGCACCUCAAACACAAUUGCUUCUAGCCCAAUUUUAUGUUCACCACUUUUAGAAGAGCCGUGUGAAAGCAAGUAUGAGUGCGGAGUUACGAAUUCCAUGUGUAUUGAUAAUAAAUGUCAAUGUGAAUCACAGUAUAUACCAUAUUCUAAUACUGCUUGUAAAAUACGUAUGUUUCGAUUUAAAUUAUCAACUUUUCUCCUUUCUUUAAUUAUUAAAUAUUUCAUAAUAAUAUUAAAACUAGCUUAUUUGGGGAUGCCUUGCAUGGAUGAUACGCAUUGUCAAAAGUCGAUAAAUUAUACGAUAUGUAAUCGUGAAAACGAAUGUGUAUGUAAUUAUGGCUACUUUCCAAAGAGCGAUCACACAUGUGGACGAGAAUUUAACGCUCAAUGUUUCCCUGACGAACCUUGUACAACAAAUAAUACUAUUUGUCUUGAUAACAUAUGUCAAUGUAAAACCAACUAUGUAUUCCGAAAAAGAAAAUGUGUUCCAAAACACUUAAAUGAACCGUGUGAAACGUCUACUGACUGUGCUGAAAUUACAUUUGCCGAAUGUUCAGAAGAAAAGACGUGUCGUUGUAAAGAUCAAUACUUUGCUUUUAAUGAAACAAAUUGUGCAUUAAGUAUAGGUGGGCAAUGCUUCACCGAUAAAGAUUGUGAUGUCAAACAUUCCAGUUGUUGGUUCGGUCAAUGCUUGUGUCAACUUGGUUACAUUGCUAUUUCAGAUGGAAAAUGUAUUUCCUCGGAAAUCAACCGAUCCUGUGUCAAUGAUCAUGACUGUAUAUUAAUUACCAAUGCAAAAUGUUCAAAAAAUCAUCGAUGUGUCUGUAAAACAAAUCAUGUUAAAACAGAUGUCUCAGAGUGUGCACCAUUGCUUAAUGAAGCAUGUAUAAAUGACGAACAAUGUGUGCCAGAUAAUUCUGUUUGUAUUCAUAAUAAAUGUCAAUGUAAAUUUAGCUACUUGCAGAGAUCUAUUAAUAAAUGUGUAUUAAGUUAUUUAUAUAAAAACUGUACUCGAGAUGAAGAUUGCAGUGAGAUACCUUUCGCAAAGUGUUCAGAUGCCAAUAAAUGUAUUUGUCAUUCAAAUUAUGUACAAUUGAAUUUAACAACUUGCGCACCACUGUUAGGAGGAUUUUGUACCGAACACGCGGAAUGUAAAGCGAAAAAUUCAAUAUGCUUGGAUAAUGAAUGUGUCUGUUCCAAUAGUUAUUCACCACGUGCAGUCGAUGAAUGUGUACCGAUCUUUUUAGGACAAUAUUGCAGAUCUGACAAAGAUUGUGAUAAAAUAUCAAAUUCAGAAUGUUCGGAAGAUAAUAAAUGCAUUUGUAAAUCGAAUCACUCACAAUUCGAUAGUGUCAUAUGUUUACCACUUAUUGGAGGUCAUUGUAAUGAGCACAAAGAAUGUCUUGUCUAUAAUUCCAAUUGUAAUAAUAGCGUAUGCCAAUGUUUAGAAAAUUAUAAAUCCCAAUCUAAGCAAGAGUGUGUAUCAAAUAAAUUAGAUAAAAUCUGUUAUAAUCAUUUUGAUUGUUACGACAUAAUGAAUUCGCAUUGUUCGAGGCAUAAUUUAUGUGUUUGUAAUCCAAAUUAUAUUGCAGUAAAAGGAAAUAUGUGUGCGCCACAGUUGAAUGCUUUAUGUACAGAAACAACUACCUGUAUGACAAACAAUUCAACUUGUAUUGAUAAUAAAUGUCAAUGUAAACCUAAAUACGUCAGUAAUAGUUAUAACCAGUGUGUGCCAACAUAUUUGGGAGAAUUUUGUUAUGAAGAUGAAGACUGCAUUGAAAUAAGAAAUUCGAAAUGUUUUGAUAGAAAGUGUAUUUGUAAGAAAAAUUAUUUUUCAUUAAACAACAAAAAGUGUGCAGCAUUCUUAAAGAGUUAUUGUACAAUUGAUGCCGAUUGUAUAGUUGCAAAUUCGAUUUGUGUUUCAAAUCAUUGUCAAUGUAAAUUUGGUUAUUCGACGAUAUUCAAUCAUACAUGUAAACCAACUCCGUUAGGAAAAUCUUGUGAAAAGGAUGAAGAUUGUGAAUACAUAGAAAAUUCAAUAUGUUCAGUCAAUAAAAUUUGCGUUUGUGAUGUAAACUAUUAUGCUUUGAAUAAAUAUACUUGUGUAGCUUCUUUGAAUGCUCAUUGUUUAAAGGAUGAAGAAUGUCAUAUGGAUUUCUCGUUUUGUUCUAACAACAUAUGCAAAUGUAAACCAAAUACUGCAGCUAUUUCUAGUAAUCAAUGUAUGAUGACCCGUUUGCUAUAUUCUUGUAACAGUACUUCAGAGUGUGCAGAGCCAUGGCAUGAGCAAUGUUCAAAAGAUAAAAAGUGUGUUUGUAAAGAAAACAAUAUUGCAUUGAGCUUAUCAUCAUGUUUGCCAAUUUUGGGUGGAAUUUGCUGGAAAGAUGGACAGUGUGCUAUUGAAAAUUCUGUUUGUGACGAUUAUCGGUGUGUAUGUCGACAUAACUAUAAACCUGUCUCCAAUAAUAUGUGCUUACAGCACACACAAUAG